GGAGGUGGGGGGAGUCACUGGGGAUCUGGAAGUUAGGAUUCAGGGAGGGAGAUUUUUAAAUCGAGGCCGGAGAGGAGCUCGGAGGUGAAAGGAGGAUAAACGCAGGCGGCAGCCGGAAGGAAGGAGAGAGUUGAUGCUGGGUUGUGCCCUGAAAGCCUUUGCUAAAGAAACUGGGAGCUCCUGAGUCACCCCUAUGAAGCGGAAGCGCCAGCUCCUCUCUGAUACUUUCAAGGCCAAGAAGCGACGGGUGGCUCUCGGGUCAGAACCUUCAGGACAGGAGGGCCCGGCAGCAGUUGAAGCUGCUCUUCAGAAUUUGGUAUCUCUCUUCCCUCGAAAGUUAUUUGACGAUUCUCUGCCACCUUUAAUUCUGAGGCAUCAGAUCUACAGUCUUGUCAAGGAUCGUACGGUUGUGGACCGGUAUCUGAGCCAGCUGAAAAAUGAGGGCCGGAUCCGCAUGUUUCAGCACAGCUUUGAAGCGGAUUUUUUUGUGGUGGCGUUCACGGACAGCUACGUAUCUAAGGUGCAGGAGUUUAUAUCUGGGAAAGAGUUUGCCAGGACGGUGAAGAAGUUCCUAGAUUCGGUGCUUACCUCCUGCCCUGACAUCAGUUUUGACAAAAAGAGGAUGCUGAGAGACUUCAGCUUUAGUGACACAGAAAUCACGCAGCUGGUGAAUGCUGGAGUCUUGACUGUCCGUGACGCUGGGAGCUGGUGGCUAGCCGUGCCUGGAGCAGGCCGCUUCAUCAAAUCCUUCAUCAAAGGGAGGAAAGCUGUCUUGGGUAUGAUCCAGAAAUCCAAGUACAAGGAAGUCCUACUGUCUGAUUUGCAGAGCCGCCAAGCGCCAAGUGCUGUGAAACUCGGCCUUCCCUACCAUAUUCAUGAUAUCAUUGGAGCCCAGCUGGUUGACUGUGUGCCAACGACCUCUGGGACCCUUCUGCGACUAACAGAUGAUUGAAGAUGCGUCACUUCACCAUCAAGCAGAGAACUGUGCCUAAGAUAGAUUAUUCUGCCUUGAGACAUUCACCAGUUGGGACUCAGGGUCUUCUGCCUGAACUACCAGCAUCAGUGGGAACAGAAGAACCUUUCCCCCAGCAAAGUAACCUUAACUGAUCUAGAACUUGCACUUAAGAUAGUAGCUCCUUGUGGGAGACCAUCUUAGUAGGAUCUGGACUGCCACAUAGCGACGGUCACACGCAUGGGACUGAGAGGAGAGUAAAAUAAAAUGAUGCGGUCUUUGUCCAUGAAUUACAGAGGCUGAAGUAAGCUGAAAAUACUCCCUAGUUAGACAUGCUCCCUAAUCAAUCAUUCCUUGAGUAUGGUGUUAGGUAUUUAUUCUGUAUACCUCGAGUAUGAUGUUAGGUAUGAGUUCUGUUACUUGGCUUGUUACAAAAAGACGACAUUUGGAAAAUGCCUUUAAAUGCAAUUAAAACCCAAAGGGGUGUGCUUGU